AUGUACCAAUAUGCCUUAACAAUGGUAUUUGCCAUUGAUGAGAUUAACCAGAAUAUGGACAUAUUGCCAAAUGUUACACUUGGGUUCUCCAUCUAUGAUUCUUGUUACUCAGAAAUCAAAGCUAUUCAGGGGAUCAUGUGGAUUUUAACAGGAAAACAGCUGUUGGUUCCAAAUUUUCGUUGCCAAGCACAUCCAGGGCUUGCUGGUAUAAUUGGUGAAUUGCCAGCAGCCUCCUCUCUUCCCAUGGCUCGUAUACUGGGUCUUUAUAGAUAUCCACAGAUCAGCUAUGGGUCAGCCUUAUCCCUACUCAGUGAUAAAAUGCAGUUUCCUUCGUUUCUCAGGACUGUCCCCAACAGCUUAUUUGAGUCAUACUUGCUGUCUAAAAUGAUACUUGAUUUUGGCUGGACCUGGGUAGGAAUCCUGUACUCAGAAGAUGACUUUUAUAGGCUUGGAAGUCUGACCUUACAAAAGGAGAUAACACGAAUGGGAGGGUGUAUUGCUUUCUUCCAAGUGAUUCCCUCAAAGAUUUCACCCCAAAAGAUUCUUCAGAUUGCUCAGCUGGUAAUGAAGUCUACAGCAAGUGUUGUGGUUUUGUACACCUUUAUGCUAGAUUUGAUACCUGUAAUGGAGGAACUUGCACUGCAUAACUUGAAACACAAAGUUUGGAUUGCUUCCUCUGCUUGGAUAAUCUCUCCAGAUACUUACAAAAAACAAAUCAGGGCCAUACUGAAUGGCACAAUUGGUUUUGCCCUUCAAAGGGCUGAAAUCUCUGGGCUAAAGCAGUUUCUUCUCAAUAUCCACCCGUUCACAUCUCCAAAUGAUAUUUUUAUACGAUACUUUUGGGAACAAGCCUUUGUAUGUAGGUGGCCAGAUCAGAAUAACAGCUCUCCGAUACUGAUGGACAGUUCUGUACAUUGUACAGGUAAUGAGGACAAAGAAAACAUUUAUAUGAAGGUUUUUGAUUUUGAUAACUUGCGAGUAAGUUAUGCCAUCUACAAUGCUGUCUAUGCUGUGGCCCAUGCCCUACAUAAUCUGUUUAUGUGCACCCCUGGUAGGGGGCCCUUUGCAGAUGGAGCAUGUGCAAACAUCAGUGCUUUCCAGCCAUGGCAGAGUCUUCACUAUGUAAAGAAUGUCCGCUUUACCACUAAGAAUGGGGAUGAGUUAUUCUUUGAUGCUAAUGGUGAUCCACCUCCUGUUGCUGACCUUUUGAACAUGAACAUACAUCCUGAUGGAACCACCACUUAUGAUGUUGUGGGAAAUGCAUCUUCUCACCCAUCUCAGCAAUUUAUAAUACAUGUCAAUAAAAUGUCCAUUACAUGGAGUGGAGGCUUCACAGAGGUUCCAACUUCAGUCUGUAGUCAGAGCUGUCAGAAGGGCUGGAGGAAGAUGCCCAGAAAGGGGGAGCCACUCUGCUGCUUCGACUGUGUUGUGUGUUCGAGAGGGAUGAUUGCAAAUCAGACAGAUGCUACAAACUGCAUAUCUUGUCCUGAAGAUUACUGGUCGGAUGCUGCCCAUGAGAAAUGUGUGCCAAAAAUCACUGAGUUCUUGUCAUAUGAAGAGCCUUUGGGCACGGCACUGACUGCCUUCGCUAUAUUAUUUUCACUGGUUACUGUUUCAGUGAUUGGAACAUUCCUCCACUUCCGUGAAACACCAAUAGUUAAAGCUAACAAUCGUGAACUCAGUUACUUACUGCUUCUUUCGUUAUUGAUGUGCUUUUUGUGUUCCCUUCUGUUUGUUGGUCAGCCUCAAACUCUGAGCUGCAUGCUCCGCCAGGCAGCAUUUGGAAUUGUGUUCUCCUUAUGUCUAUCUUCUAUCCUUGCAAAGACAUUUAUUGUUAUAAUUGCAUUCAGAGCCACAAAGCCUGGUAGCAGUUUGAAGAGGUGGGUGGGAUCCAGGGUACCAUAUUCAGUUGUGACCAUCUGUUCUUCACUCCAGGUUUUGAUUUGCAUGUUUUGGGUGAGAACCUUUCCUCCUUUCAGUGAAUGGAACAGGACAGUAGAAGAAGGAAAAAUCCUUAUUCAGUGUAAUGAAGGGUCAGCAGUAAGUUUCUGGUUCAUAUUGGGGUACCUUGGGAUUUUGGGAAGCAUCAGCCUCAUCCUGGCAUUCUUUGCCAGGAAACUUCCGGACAGCUUUAAUGAAGCUAAGUUUAUCACAUUUAGUAUGCUGGUUUUUGCCAGUGUGUGGCUGUCUUUUAUCCCUGCGUACCUAAGCACAAAAGGAAAGGCCAUGGUAGCUGUGGAAAUAUUUGCAAUCCUGUGUUCUACAGCGGGUAUACUUUUCUGUAUAUUUUCUCCAAAGUGUUAUAUUAUUUUACUGAAGCCUGGAAGAAAUACCCGUCACUAUCUGAUGGGAAAGGAAAACUCCAUUUAAAUGGGUAAAUUGAACUCUGAAUAACUGAUUGAGUGUUAUUAUAUUAGAUAUGUAUCUAAACUGAUGCAUAAGCUUUGAUCAAAAGCAGUUAAUUGCCUAAUUAUAAAUAAAAAACAAAUAAG